GAUGUCUUCAUUCACACACUUCACUCUCCAUUUCUUCCACAUCUACGCAGAAGCAUUCAAAUUGAUGUCAACAUCGUUUCACCAUUAUAGCGGCGCUGUGGCGGCAUCCAUGGUCAUCGCAACUGCCUGCCUUUUUCUCUCUUUAUAAGCAGGAACCUGUAAGGUUCGUCUUCAUACGCUCUCUACUAAAACUGAUCGAGUUUAGAGGGAAGAAAUAAAUAUUUGAGGAGGAGGGGUGAAUAAUUGAGCAGAAAUGAUGAGAAUUCCGGUGAAAUUUGAACGGGUUGCGGCGGCUUUCGGCGAGGCGGGGAGGGUUAGGUCCUGCGAGAGCAGCGGGAGCGAGCACUCGGCGGAUUUGUCUGAUCUCGUGAAUUCGUUUUUUGAGAGGGAAAUUAGGGAGCAGAGGAAGAGGGAGGAUCAUCAAGUUGAUUUUGGUAAGGAUGGGAAUGGGGGUGAUGAUGAUGAUGAGGUGGAGAGCAACUCCCGGGAUUUUGAAUCGCGGGAUUCCUUGAAGGAUUUAUUUGAAUUUGAGAACGACGCCUUUAAGAGAAGCGUCCAUGCAGAGGUGGAGAAGGCGUAUGGAGAAAUUGGCGGAGGCAAGAGCUCGUCGCCGGAUUUUAAUCGGCGGUUAAUGGCUCGGUUGCGUACCGCUGGGUUUGACGCCGGUCUUUGCAAAUCAAAGUGGGAGAAAAGCGGCCGCUGCCCGCCGGGAAACUACGAGUACAUCGACGUCAACACCGGCGGAACACGGUAUAUAAUUGAAAUCCACCUCGCCGGAGAGUUCACAAUCGCUCGUCCAACCGGUGGCUACGCCUCAUUGCUGGAAGAUUUCCCGCAAAUAUUUGUGGGGAAACCGGAUGACCUGAAGCAGGUGGUGAGAAUAAUGUGCAGAGCCAUUAAAAGUUCCAUGAAAAGCGUGGGCAUCCACGUGCCGCCGUGGCGCCGCCCCGCCUAUAUGCAGUCCAAGUGGUUCGGCUACUACAAACGAACCACUAAUGAAAUCCCAAGCUGGAAAGGUCCGAAGGUCGGCGGCGGCGCCGGGAAGAAAACGGUGGGUUUCGCAGCGGUAGAGGGAAUUAGGUUCUAUUGCAGAGAGGAUUUUGCUGCCAAGAAUGGUGUUAGAAUCGGAAACUUGGCCAAGGAAAUGCUGUUAUGACAUUUGUGCCACCAUUGUGCACAAGUUCUUAGAGGGGAAUUAUAGUUCAGGCAAGAUUGAACUAAUUACGUGAUAUAUUUAUUAUGUAAUUAUUUUGAUAAGACUGAAGCAGAUUGGGGUAUACAUUUAAUGCGUAAUUAUUUUGAUAAGAUGGAAGCGGAUUCGGGUUUUUCAAGCUACUGAUUUAAACAAGAAGGGUGGGGGCUGGAAAUGUAUGAAUGUUAAUAUUGUCAUUGUGUUGUAGAUAGGUAGCUGUGAAGACAGGAAUUUGAGGAAGCCUUGGAGUGAUUGUUAUGUUGUUCCCAGAUGAGAACAAUUUUUGUAAUUUAUGUUCCUAUUGCUUUACCAAAUGAUGAAAUAUUUUGGAAAUAUGAUGACUAAUUUUAUGAUUA